AAGUUACUACUGUACUUCAAUUACUACUACUCCUACUUGUAGCAGUAGCUCAAUCACAAAGAAACCAUUCUUUCUCAUUUUUCUAUAACUAGUAACUUCACCCACCACUCUUGUUCUUUUUGAUCUUCCAUUUUUCCUUAAACAUACUCUCUUCUUCUUGUGAGAUCCUUUCACUUUUCUUUUCUUAAGAUCUAUCUAUUUGCUUAUCAAGUUUUCAUCUUUCUCAUUUUUCACCUUCUGGGUCUUGUUUGCUUUUUCUUCUUCAGAUUAUUGCUAAAUUUGGUUAUUGUGUGCAAUGAAGCGUGUAGUUGAAGAAUGGAACAUGGGGUGUUGGGGGUUAAGGAGAAGAAUCAAUGAGGAAUAAAGUGAUUUUUUUUUGUUGUGAAACUGGUUUUGGUUGAGGAUUCAAGAGUAGGGAAUAUUAAGAUUUUAACGAGUUUUUUGGUUGGUGAAAGAGGGGUGUAGAGUGUAACAAAGAAUGAUAUUAUGUAGUAGAAAGAAGAAAGAGAAUAAUAGAGUUGUUUUUUGGUGGGAGUUGUCAUUUUCUGCUUAUUUUGUUGCUUAAUUUGUCUACUUAGAGAGAGUGUUUUUGAUUGUGGGCUCAAUUUUUGAGUUUACAAAUUUCUUAUAACUUUUUGUUCCAAUGAGACUCUCUUCAGCUAGUUUUAGUCCUCCACCCCAAGAAGGGGAAAAGAGAGUUCUAGAUUCAGAACUUUGGCAUGCAUGUGCUGGCCCUCUUGUCUCUUUGCCAGCAGUUGGAAGUAGAGUUGUGUACUUUCCACAAGGCCACAGUGAACAAGUGGCUGUGUCAACUAACAAGGAAGUCGAUGCACAUAUCCCAAACUAUCCAAGCUUACCUCCUCAGCUUAUUUGUCAACUUCAUAAUUUGACUAUGCAUGCUGAUGUGGAGACCGAUGAAGUGUAUGCGCAGAUGACCUUGCAACCUCUGAAUGCUCAAGAGCAAAAAGAGGCUUACCUUCCAGCAGAGUUGGGAACUCCAAGUAAACAGCCGACAAACUACUUUUGCAAGACCUUGACUGCUAGUGACACAAGCACUCACGGGGGAUUCUCUGUUCCUCGCCGGGCGGCUGAAAAAGUGUUUCCUCCUUUGGAUUUCUCCCAACAGCCUCCUGCUCAAGAGUUAAUAGCAAGGGACUUGCAUGGUAACGAAUGGAAAUUCAGACAUAUCUUCCGAGGCCAGCCCAAAAGACAUCUACUUACAACUGGAUGGAGUGUUUUUGUGAGUGCUAAAAGACUUGUUGCUGGUGAUUCUGUGCUGUUUAUCUGGAAUGAAAAGAACCAAUUGCUUCUUGGUAUUCGCCGUGCUAGCCGACCACAAACUGUGAUGCCUUCCUCAGUAUUGUCAAGUGAUAGUAUGCACUUGGGACUUCUUGCUGCAGCAGCUCAUGCGGCUGCAACCAAUAGCCGUUUCACUAUUUUCUAUAACCCACGUGCGUGUCCAUCCGAAUUUGUCAUACCCUUGGCGAAGUAUGUUAAAGCUGUGUAUCAUACUCGAGUUUCAGUUGGUAUGCGUUUCAGGAUGCUCUUUGAAACAGAGGAGUCUAGUGUGCGACGAUACAUGGGUACAAUAACUGGCAUUUGUGACCUAGAUUCUGUCCGGUGGCCUAACUCACAUUGGCGCUCGGUAAAGGUUGGUUGGGAUGAAUCCACUGCCGGAGAAAGGCAACCUAGAGUGUCUUUGUGGGAAAUCGAGCCAUUAACAACGUUUCCUAUGUAUCCGUCACCAUUCCCUCUUAGGCUUAAACGACCAUGGCCUCCUGGAUUGCCUUCGUUCCAUGGCAUGAAAGAUGAUGAUUUUGGCAUGAGUUCUCCUUUGAUGUGGCUCCGAGACACGGAUAGAGGGCUUCAAUCUCUUAAUUAUCAAGGGAUUGGGGUUAAUCCUUGGAUGCAGCCAAGGUUUGAUCCCGCCAUGCUGAAUAUGCAAACCGAUAUGUAUCAAGCUGUGGCUGCUGCUGCACUUCAGGACAUGAGGACUGUAGUAGAUCCUUCCAAACAGCUUCCUGGUUCCUUGCUUCAAUUUCAGCAACCACCGAACUUCCCGAACAGGACCGCUGCUUUAAUGCAGGCUCAGAUGUUGCAACAGUCGCAACCUCAACAGGCUUUUCAAAAUAAUAAUCAGGAGAAUCAAAAUCUGUCGCAAUCUCAGCCACAAGCUCAGACUAAUCCUCAACAGCAUCCACAGCAUCAGCAUUCAUUCAAUAAUCAACUCCAUCAUCAUAGCCAGCAGCAACAACAAACUCAACAGCAAGUGGUGGAUAAUAAUCAGCAGAUUUCUGGUUCGGUCUCUACAAUGUCUCAGUUUGUUUCAGCGACUCAACCUCAAUCACCACCACCCAUGCAAGCUCUCUCUUCUCUAUGCCAUCAGCAGAGUUUUUCUGAUUCAAAUGUGAACUCUUCAACUACUAUUGUUUCUCCUUUGCACAGUAUCAUGGGUUCAUCGUUUCCGCAUGAUGAAUCAUCCCUCCUUAUGAGUCUUCCAAGAACAAGCUCUUGGGUUCCUGUUCAAAAUUCAACUGGUUGGCCAUCCAAACGCAUUGCAGUGGAUCCACUCCUCUCUUCGGGAGCAUCUCAAUGUAUUCUGCCUCAGGUGGAGCAGCUAGGGCAGGCACGGAAUUCGAUGUCUCAAAAUGCUAUUACAUUGCCACCAUUUCCUGGUAGGGAGUGCUCAAUAGACCAAGAAGGGAGCAAUGAUCCGCAAAGUAAUCUUUUAUUCGGUGUCAAUAUAGAUCCCUCAUCUCUUCUACUGCAUAAUGGGAUGUCGAACUUUAAGGGGAUCAGUGGCAACAACAAUGAUUCCUCAACCAUGUCCUACCAUCAAUCUUCUAGUUACAUGAACACCGCAGGCGCUGAUUCUUCGUUGAAUCAUGGAGUAACGCCUAGUAUUGGUGAAUCUGGUUUCUUGCAUACCCAGGAAAACGGGGAGCAAGGAAACAACCCACUGAACAAGACCUUUGUGAAGGUUUAUAAAUCAGGGUCCUUCGGAAGAUCGUUGGAUAUCACUAAAUUCAGCAGCUACAAUGAGCUGCGUAGUGAGCUCGCCCGAAUGUUCGGACUGGAAGGCGAGUUGGAGGACCCUGUGAGAUCAGGCUGGCAGCUUGUAUUCGUUGACCGAGAGAAUGAUGUUCUUCUCCUCGGUGAUGGCCCUUGGCCGGAAUUUGUGAAUAGUGUAUGGUGCAUCAAGAUACUUUCGCCUGAGGAAGUGCAGCAAAUGGGCAACACUGGCCUCGGGCUUUUGAACUCGGUUCCAAUUCAAAGGCUCUCAAAUAGCAUUUGUGAUGACUAUGUGAGCCGUCAAGAUUCAAGAAAUCUAAGCAGCGGGAUAACAACCGUGGGAUCUCUAGACUACUAAAAGAUGUGACUGCUAAUAGUCUGCAUUUUUUUAUGGAAAGUGUUAUCUAAAUGUAGUUUAUCUUAUAUAAUAUAGCCUUUUAUUUUUAUUUACAUGUUUUUCAUGCUAGGACUAUUCAUAAACUAAUACUGUAACUAUAUGGUAUCUUGUCAUUGUGCUAGCUACAAUUAUAUACAAUACUUAAUCCGUUAGGAAAUCAAUGUGUGAAGUUUAAGACAUUUA